GGACUUGUCCUUAGACUAUGUGUGCAAGAAAAUGUACUACAGAGACAAACUAUAGGAUCGAUUGUGGUGAUGCUUACCAACAAUUAUAUAAAUCUCCCAAAACCCUCACACCCAGCAUUUCUCUUGUACAGCAGGAUUCAGACAUCAAACCUGUCAUCUUCGCUUGAAUCUCGUCAAUCCAAUAAUGGACAAGCCCUGACUUCAGUAAAUGAUGUUUCAAUUACUGAGGUAAAUCCAAGAUAGCUGCUAGAAUUAAUCCUGCCUAACAGCAAAAAUGCGAUUUUCAAUGCUCUUUCUGUUCUUAAUUUCCUCUGCUUUUCACAUAAAUCUCACUUCCUCCGCCGGAAUUGCUGCUGAUUUUCAGAAGAGUUGUGAUGGCAGCAACAUCGCUAACAGUUCCUACGAGGCCAACCUCAAUCUCCUCUUCUCCAAACUCGUCGAUCAGGAUUUCAAUCACGGAUUCUAUAAUGUGUCCGUUGGCCAGAGCCCUGACCAGGUCAACGCAAUUGCACUCUGCAGGGGAGACAAAAAGGAGGACAUCUGCAGAAGUUGCCUGAAAGACACCACCUACGCGCUCCAACAAACCUGUCCCAACAAAACAGAAGCAAUCGGAUGGUCGGAAUUCUGUACUUUACGCUACUCAAACCGACAAAUUUAUGGAGUCAUGGAAACCGAUCCUUUUGAUAGAAUGUGGAGAAAUGAUAGUAAAUCGAAGCCAUCUGAUGUUUAUGGUUUCAGAGGGGACUUGAGUUUCUUAUUGAACGAUUUAAGCAGCCGUGCGGCUAACGGAGAUUCUCUGUUCAAGUAUGCAGAGGGUUCAAGGAACGUCUCCGUUUCUCCUUCAAGAAUUCAUGCCCUAGCGCAGUGUACUCCCGAUCUGCGCCCGGAAUAUUGCAGCGCUUGUCUGGCGACGGCCAGCGACAGGAUAGGGGAAUUCUGCCUGGGAGAUACCGGGUGCAGAAUUCUGCAACCUAGCUGUUUCUUAAGAUACGAGAUUGAUCCAUUCUUGGACGACUUAACUAAUAACACGAUUGUGCCGUUGUCACCUCCUUCUCCAAGUCCAACCGAAGCAAGGAACGAGAACACAAAAGAUAUAUUGUUGUUUGAUAGAGGGAAAACCAGCACAAGCAAGGUUGAACUCCGAGAGGUACCAUUAUUCAAAUUUGUGGAAUUGGCAACCUCAACAAACAACUUUAAUAUAGCAAAUCUGCUAGGACAAGGAGGUUUUGGUCCUGUGUACAGGGGAACAUUGCCAAAUGGGCAGGAAAUAGCGAUAAAGAGACUGUCAAGGGCAUCAGGGCAAGGGGUAGAUGAAUUUAAGAACGAAGUGUUGGUCAUCUCUAGUCUCCAACACCGAAAUCUUGUAAAACUCCUAGGAUGUUGUGUUGAGGGAGAAGAGAAGAUUUUGGUCUACGAGUACAUGCCAAACAACAGCUUGGACACAUAUUUGUUUGAUUUGCCCAAAAAAGAACUACAAUGGAGAAAACGUUUCAACAUUAUUGAAGGAAUAAGCCAAGAUUUUGGGUUGGCAAGGAUUUUUGGGGAUAGUGAAGAUCAAGCUAAUACCAAAAGGGUUGUUGGAACAUAGUAAGUAGACAUUUCUUACACCAAAAUACUUUUCAAACCAAUAACAUCACUAUAAAUGCUUGAACAAUAA